AUGGCCAUGGCGCUAGCUCAAGGCAUCGCUAACCACAACUUAGCCGCGCGAGCAGACACUAUGGAGACAUUAACGGCAGCAAUCAAGCGAGGGAUCUGUUGUUCGGGACAACUCAACUGCAUGGAUCAAUUUGACCAUUUCACUCGGACACAAACGCUGGUGAAUAUGGAAAGAGGGUGGGAAGGCAUGGAUCCCAAGGAGUCAAGUAAGCAAUUUCGCUGGUACCUGCAGGAAUAUGCUUUGUCCUCGUCGAGAAUCCACGACUCAGUCCCGCGAUAUAAUUGGGGCUCCAGUGAACUGAUGGCCACGGCGGCCAACUUUCUCGGCAGGCGAAUCUUUGUUUUGGCGUACGAUACUGAUGACAAAAAGCUCUGGUACUGCUCGGAACUGGGAGACAACGCCCUUUGCAGUUAG